UUGCUGCAUUAUAUUUAUUAAUAGAUUUGAUUUCUAUAUAAAACUUUUUUUUAAAUGAAUUUUGUACUUUCAUCUCAUCAUUAUUUUGAUCGAAAGGAGUACAUUUUCCUUCUCCAGCAGUGUGUAACACUUCCUGUUUUGUGAACUGAUACUCGGCCUAUAUACAGCUGCUCCAAUUCUGUUUGAGAGAAAACUGAUGAAGACUGAAGCUAUCAAGGCUUUUACCUGACUGAAACAUGAAAAAUGGGUUCCAGUGCAUCAAAAGAGGAUGAGAAGCAUUUGUUACAAGAUGAAGAAGAAAUUCAGCCUAUUUUUAAGGAACUUAGACUUGUGCUGAUUGGAAGUCGAGGUGCUGGAAAAAACACUGUUGCUAAUGCCAUCUUUAAGGAAAAAGUGUUCACAUUCUGGACAUCUUAUAGAGGUUUUCACAUUAGGAAGACUCGUACAGUAUCAGGAACGCGGAUUCAUUUGGCUCGGACCCCAGGUUGGAAUGGAGACUUGAGCAGAUCUGAGAAAGCAAAACGUGAAAUUAUUCACUGUGUACAAACUUUAUAUAAAACUGGACCCCACGCAGUCAUCUUGGUGAUUAAUGUGAACUCGGUACUGUCGAAAUCAAACUUCCACACACUAGAAAAUCUACUUACUGUUCAACUGUGGAACCAUACCAUAGUCCUGUUCACCAAUGGAGAGAAAUUGGGACAUUACAGCAUUGAGGAUCAUAUCAGGAGUGCAGAGCUUCAAUCUUUAAUUGACAAAUGUGGAAAAAGAUAUUUUGUGAUCCGAAAUAAUGACAGUAACCAGAUUAAUGAGACAAUUCAAGAGCUUGUUGCCAUGAAGAAUUCAGCCAGUUUUUUUAAUCUUUCAUCUCAGACAGAGGAUUAUAACACAUUACUGUCAGACUUAAAAUUUCUUGUUAAGAGAAUACAAUCUAAAAUCAGUUCUGUCUUAAGAUCCAAGGAAGAGUUAAAAAACAAACAAAAAAACAAAUCAAUUAAAAAGAUGCUCAAGUCAAAGGAUGCAGAGAUAAAGAGACUGGAAAACAUUCUUAAGGAAAAAGAGAGAGAAAUAAAGAGGUUAGAAUCAAGACCUCAAGAUUCUGCCCUGGCCAGGGACCUACAGAGAAGAAUUGAAGAAUUGGAACAUCAACUCAGUAUGAAGAUCAAAGAGGGAGAGGAAAAAGAUGCUGAGAAUAAACGAUUGAAAAAAGAGCUACAAAAAUGUAAAACAGAACUCACAAAAUUAAGAUCACAUGAGAAUCAAAAUACAAUUCUACAAACAGUUAUCUGUGGUCAACUAAGUCAAAAUGUGACACAGGUUUCUGUGAAAAGCUACACUCAAAUUCCAUUACAAGAUUUUUCUUCAAAUGGGUCAGAUCUACGCAGAUGGAACGUUGCUCUUCUUGAGAUUUUGGAAGAGCUGUCUGAUGAUCAACUGAAGAGAUUUACAUAUCUCAUGCGCUCAGAAUGGAAUAUUCCUAAGAGCUCAGUGGAGGACAAAGACAGAUUUGGUUUAGUAGACCUUAUAAUAGAGACAUUUGGUGAACAAGAGUCAGUGCUGAAAACACGAGACCUCAUAAUGAAAAUCCCUCGCAAAGAUGAGAAAAUGUUAGGGCUAUUUGAACCCUUCUUGUAAAUAGUAGUAAUUCUUGUAGAUAGUAACCAUCACUUUAAUGAAAACAGCAUUUUUGUGAACAGCAUGAUUUUUAGUAUAAUUUGCUCAUGAAGAGCUAAAAUGUUUUUGAUAUUAUUCUUAUAUGAGCUGGACUGACAUUUGCUGUUACUAAGCAUUUUCUUAAAUCUGCCCUUAAAGAAGUGAACACAACUGCUUCUGAUGUUUCUACAUCAUUUUCAAAUGAAUGAAAUGACAAUUAAGUCAUUAUAGCAUUAAUUUAUUUUGGAGAAAAUUCAGGUGUUAUUGAUGUUCUAUGUUCAUUUUGACGUGUUGCUUUCUGAAGUGUCAGUUGUCUUUUUCCAUGAUGCUUUGCAGUUCUGAGUGUUAAAUAUUAUCUACUUUGUGUUUAUAUUGUUGCAUAUUUUAAUAUUUCAGGAAUUAAUGGUAAAAUCUUGAUGCUUUUGUCCCUAGAUCUGCAUAGAAUGAAUGGUGACAUUUCAUAUUUUUACAACACUUAUUUAAAAAUUUUUUUAUCUAAUUGUCAUGUAAAUAUCUGAUAUAUCUAUAAUGCUGACUGAGUAUCAUGUCUUGAAUAAGCUUAAGUCUUCUCUGUAAGAAUUAUUUAUUUAUUUUGGAAAUGCAAACUGUUUUUAAUGUGCUGGCAUUAGUUAUCUGUGUCAGGGAAUUGCUGCUUAAAUUUACAUGUUCCCUCCAUACAGGUAUCUUUGAAUGCAAUUUCAACAACAUUUUUAACACAGCUAAGUGGUUGUAUUGUGUUGUGAACAGAUAUUUUAUUUGUUACUUUACAUUUUAUUUUAGCAUGAAAUGAAAUAGUAAAAAAAAAAAAAAAGGUCUAAAUAUUUUAAGAAGUUGUUGUGAAUUGCGUCACAUAACUUUAUCUCUGUGGUGUUACAUCACUGAAUAUUGCUUCUUUAAUUAACCCCACUGGCAACUAGCUGCAGUUUAUGGUUGUCAUUUUCCUUUUGUUAAUAUUUUUCUAGAUGUUAUCCAUGUUAUUAUUUCCUAAUGACAUGCAAGCAAACAACCAAAUAAAAGAUUUCAAGAAAAAAAAAAAAA